AUGGGAGAGCUGGAAAGAAUACACAAAGAACACCAGGAAGCCCAAGAAGCACAAGAAAUGUUAUUUGAGAGUAAACUAUGCGAAGAAAAAGAGCGCGCUGAAGAGCAUCAAAGGAAAAUGGAAGAAGAACGUAAUGAAUAUAUGAAGAGACAACAGGAGAAAAUGGCAGCGAUAAAGAAUGAAUUCGAUGCUCAAACGAAACUUAGUGAGAAGCAAAUGGAAAUGAUGCGUGCGCAAAAUGAGUCCGAAAGGAAAUCAUUCCAGGAGCAAGUCAGUAGGUUGACAGAAGAACAUAAGAGGAAAGAACUAGAAAAUAAGAAUUGGUUUGAUAAAAUGAUACAAAAUGAGAACGUCAGAGCACAGCAGCGAGUUGACGAUGCCACUAACAAAUUCCAAAAUAUGCUAGAAGUAGAAAAGAAAAGGUGUUCAAAUAUGGAAAGUAAUAUAAAAUCACAAAAGCGGGAAAUAGAGGAGGAGAAAAAGAUAAGGAGAGAAAUGGAAGAAGAAUAUUUGCGACAAAUGGAAGCCUACGAAAGUAGAAUAAAUGAUUUGAGGCAGCGUGCAGAUUUAAGAGAUGCUCAGAUGAAUGCAGAACUUAGACGACUUGAACGGGAUAAAACGCAUAUAGAAACAAAGCAUCGUGGAGAGCUGGAGAGAAUACACACAGAACACAAAGAAGCUCAAGUGGAACAGCGAAAACUAUUUGAAACUAAACUGGAAGAAGAGAAAGAGCGUGCUGAAGAACAUCAAAGGAAAAUGGAAGAGGAACGUAAAGAGUAUAUGAAGAAACAGGAAGGGAAGUUGGCAGAUAUUCAGCAUCAAUGGGAUCAACAAAGGGAAAUCAGUGAAACAGAGAUUAAAAUGAUGCGAGAAGAAAAUGAAGCUCAGAAGAAGGAAUUUCAGGAGAAAAUCAAUAAAAUGGCAGAUGACCAUAAAAAGAAUGAGGAAGAAAACAGGAAGAGGUUUGAUCAAAUGUUGAAAGAAGAAAAUGCAAAGGCAGAGAAACGAAUUGCAGAUGUACGAGAUCAAUUUCAAACUAUGUUAGAUACUGAAGCAAAGAAAAGUGCAGAAAUGGAAAAGAAUUUACAGUUACAGAUGCAAGAAAUUGAAGAGGAAAAGAAGAAAUGGAAGGAAAUGGAAAAAGAACACAGAAGGAAAAUGGAAGCGUACGAUGCGAAAAUUGAAAAAGUAAUGAAAGAAUCACAGGGCAGGGAAGAUAAAAUGAAUGCAGAACUUCAACGGCUAAGAGAAGAAAGAGACGAAUACAGAAGAAAGUCGCAAUCGUCAGGUCUUUCACUCCUGGAUUUCAUACCAGUUGUGAAUGUUGUCGCAAGAGCAAUUGAGGGAGCAGUAAAAAAGUGA